GAGAGAUGGGUGGCUCCAAGACCAGUCUUGGCUUCCUCCUUUUGCUUCUGAUUGGCGUGUUGAGCGGGACGUCCAGCGACGCUCAUUCUCUUUCCUAUAAUUUCACCGUUGAUCCUCGGCCCAGAGAUGGUCAGCCAUGGUGUGCGGUUCAAGGCGAAGUGGAUCAAAAGGUCUUUCUCUCCUAUGACUGUGAUAGAGCUGAGAUCAAGUACAUGAGUCCAUUGGGAGAGGAAGUGAAAAGUAUGAACGUCUGGGAAACACAGACAGACACACUCAGAGACACUGGAGACUUGCUCAAGGAGCAAAUGCCUGAUGUUAUCCCGGAGAAAGACACAGACAAGGACGUUCUGACCCUGCAGGCCAGGAUGAUGUGCUGGAGUGAAGACAAUGGACACACCAGUGCAUCCUGGCAGUUUGGCUUCAAUGGAAAACUGUGUCUCCUCUUUGAUUCGGAGAAUGGACAUUGGACAGUGGUUCAUUCUAAAGGGAGGCGGAUGAAAGAGAAGUGGGAGAAGGACAGAGCUGUGACUGACUUCUUCAAGAAGGUCUCCAUGGGAGACUGUCGGCACUGGUAUCAGAAUUUCCUGCUGCACUGGGAGAAAAUAUUGAAAACCACGGCAUCACCGACCACGGGCCCCCCUGCAGUCCAGCCCACGGCCACAGCCAUCAGUCACACCGCCUGGAUUGCUCCUGUGGCUCUCACCAGUUUCGUCAUAAUGGGCAUCAUAAUAGCCUGUAUCCUUUACAAGAAGAGAUCCAGGAGAUCAGACCCCAAGGAUCCUGAGUCUGUUUUCCGGUUGCUGUGACACAGUAGAUGCAUCAUCUCAUGGCUUUUAUCAGGUUUGAUGAAAUCCUACUCAGCAUCUUAAAAAAAAAAAAAGAAACAAUUUAUUUCACCACUUUCUUUUGGUGAUACGUGAUGGAAUAUCUAUACGGAAAUAAUCAAGUACUUGAAGAAGUCUCCAGAAACAGGACAUUUUUCAUAUUCUUCUCAUUUGUGGAUAAUUAAAUUCUUCCGUGCCUCGUGACCUCAUUCUUGCAAAUGAUAUUGCAAGAAAAAUACCAUCUCUAUUACACAACUCAGGGAUUCUUUCUGUGUCUGGACAAAACCACCUCAGCCUGUUUUCAAUAGAGUGAAGUUUUAUUUAUGACUAUUUCCCUUAAUAACUUAUUAUGCUUAAAGUGAAAGUGUUAGUCGCUCAGUCCUGUCUGACUCUCUGCGACCCAGUGGACUGUAGCCCGCCAGGCUCCUCUGUCCAUGCGAUUCUCCAGGCAAGAACACUGAAGUGGGAUGCUGUUUCCUUUUCCAGGGAACCUCUGCAACUCAGGGGUUGAACCCGCGUCUCCUGUGUCUCCUGCAUUGACAGGCAGAUUCUUUACCAUCUGAGCCACUGGGGAAGCCCAUUUAUUAUGCUACUGCUAUUUAAGUAAAAAUCUCAGUACUCCAGAAAACUUGAAGUAUUUAAGUUUCUCUCUCACGAGAGAAGUCAUGAUAUUUCACCAUUUCUCCACCUUAUAGGAUUAAAUGUACCUAGUGCUUCUGAGAAAACACGGUCUGAGCAGAUGCGUGCGCCCUGUGUUCAUGGCAGCGCUGUUCCCAGCAGCCAGGCCUGGAAGCCACCUAGUGUCCACUGACAGAUGAAUGGAUAGAGAAGAUGUGGACAUAUAUCCAGUGCAAUGUUACUCAGCGUCAAAAAGAAUGAAAUAACGCCAUAUGUAGCAGCAUGGAUGGACCUGGAGAUUGUCAUAUUGAGCAACAUAAGUCAGACAGAGAAGCAGAAACACCUUUUGACAACACUUGUAUGCCGGUGAUACAAGUGCUCUUACUUACGAAAGAGAAAGAGACUCAGAGACUUAGAGAGUGCAUUUAUGGUUGCCAGGGGGAAGGGAUGGGGGGAUUGUUAGGGAGUCUGGGAUCAACAUGUACACACUGAUUUAUUUAAAAUGGAUAACCAGCAAGGACCUUCUGUGUAGCACAUAGAACUCUGCUCAAUAUUAUAUGGCAGCCUGGGUGGAGAUGGGAUGGGAGUCAGGGAAGAAUAGAUGCAUGUACGGAAGUGAAAGUGAAAGGUUAGUUGCACAGUCAUGUCUGACUCUUUGGGAUCCUGUGGACUGUAAGCUGCCGGCUCCUCUGUUCAUGGAUUCUCCAGGCAGGGGAGUACUGGGGUGGGUUGCCAUUUUCUUCUCUGGGGGACCUUCCCUACCCGGGGAUCGAACCCGGGUCUCUUGCAUUGCAGGCAAAUUCUUUACCAACUGAGCCGCCAGGGAGGAUAGAGACGUGUAUGUGUAUGUUAAAUCCCUAGCCUAGCUUAUUUGUGCUGCUCAUUCAGGACACCUACACUCCUCUCUGGGUGUAUAUUUCCACUUUGCUUCCAUUUUAAAUAAACAAACUGUUUCUCUGUAUGUCUCCAGUAAUAACUUUGGUACCUGUUUUUACAGUUUUUGCCUCUGUGAAACAUUCUUGCUUUUGAA